AUGGCGAUCUGUACUUAUAACGCACGUACGCUUGCAUCGGAAGCGGCCAUCGAAGAUCUGAUGAUGCAAGCCAAGAAGAUCAAGUACGACGUCAUCGGACUGACCGAGACGAGACGACGUCACCCUCUCAACGCCGUAUAUGAAACUGGAGAAGAACUGUUCUUAGGAACAUGCGACAGUAGAGGUGUUGGUGGAGUUGGCGUCCUCGUCAACACGAGUAUGGCAAAGAACAUCGACUCUUUUGAACAACUUACGACCCGAAUCGGACGUCUGCGGAUGAGAAGAUGUGGCCCAAUACCAGCUUUGACUAUCUUCGUCGUUUACGCUCCAACAUCAAGCUACGAAGAAGAAGAAGUCGAAGCUUUCUAUAUGGACCUGGAGAAGUUCUACCAAGAAGAUCAUGCCUUCUACAAGGUCAUAGUUGGCGAUUUCAACGCUAAGGUUGGCCCAAGAAGAACGCCGGAGGAACUUCACAUCGGGACCCACGGCCUACAAUGGAAUGACCAGGGAGAGAGGCUCUCCGAGUUCAUCAUGACGACUAAGACCAUACAUGGGAACUCGCAAUUUCAGAAGCCCUCUUCUUUACGCUGGACGUGGGAGUCACCCGGUGGAGGGUACCGUAAUGAAAUAGACCAUAUCAUCGUCAAUAAAAGGUUCUGCCUGACGGACGUCGGUGUUGUACCAAAGUUCUAUACGGGAUCGGACCAUCGCCUCCUCCGAGGAAGAUUUUCCUUCACAAGGAGAGCAGAGAAAGCCGCCAAGUUCAGAGAGAGAAAUCCCAGGACUACCAUCAACUGGGAUCUCUUCGCUACGCUAGCCGGAUUUUGGGAAGAUUCUGCAAUGGACAACAUCGACGAGGAAUAUGACCGGCUUGUCGAACACCUUCACGACUGCGCGAAGAAGGCUGAGAGUUUUAAAACCACCAAGAGGCGUCUGUCUCUUGAAACUCUUGAGCUGAUACGCCAGCGUGGAGCAGCACGAGCCGCAGGGAACCAAGAACUCACGUCCGAGCUCGCAAGGCUUUGCCGAGAGGCGAUAAAGGAAGACCUUAAAGAGAGAAGAGCAGAAGUGCUGGCUGAAGCUGCAGAGGCGGGGAAAAGCAUCCGCUAUGCCCGUCGAGACUUCGCCAGUCGCAAGACGAGGAUGACUGCUCUCCGGAACCCAAAGGGAACAGCCAUUGCAUCGAGAAGGGGGAUGGAGAAAAUCAUCUACGACUUCUACUCUGAUCUCUUCGACAGCCAUGUCCACUUGCCUCCUCACCAUCUGAGGGAAGAUGGACAAGUCAUUCCAGAGGUUCUCCCGUCCGAAAUACGACAUGCUAUCAUGUCGGUAAGAAAUCGUACGGCACCCGGUCCCGACAGAAUAAGACCAGAACACCUGAAGAGCCUUCCGCCAGUACUCAUCAACACCCUGGCGAGGCUCUUUACACGUUAUCUGUCGGAAUGCAAGGUUCCUAAACAGUGGAAGACCAGCAAGACCGUGUUGUUGUAUAAAAAGGGAGAUCCACAUGACAUCGGCAACUAUCGCCCAAUCUGCCUACUGUCCGUCAUCUACAAGCUCUUUACAAGAGUAAUCCUUAAUAGGAUUGAAAAAGUCUUGGAUGAAGGACAGCCAUGCGAGCAAGCAGGGUUUCGAAAAGGAUUCAGCACGAUUGACCACAUUCACACUGUUUCGAAACUCAUCGAGGUAUCACGAGAGUACAAGAUGCCGCUCUGUCUCACCUUCAUCGACUUAAAGAAGGCUUUCGACUCGGUUGAGACGGAAGCGGUCGUGGAAGCCUUGGACAACCAAGGCGUCCCUACUCAAUAUAUAAAGGUACUUCGAGAGUUGUACAGUAACUUCACGACCGGAAUUUCGCCAUUCUACAAGAACAUCGUCAUUGACGUGAAGAGGGGGGUCCGACAGGGUGAUACAAUUUCACCCAAAAUAUUCACAGCCACCCUCGAGAACGCAAUGCGAAAGUUGGAAUGGGACGACAUGGGAGUGAAGGUUGAUGGUCGGCAGCUACACCAUUUGCGCUUUGCUGAUGACAUCGUACUGGUAACACCUAGCAUCAGCCAAGCGGAACGAAUGCUGACCGAAUUCGACGAAACAUGUGGAUGCAUCGGUCUUCAGCUGAAUCUACAAAAGACGAUGUUCAUGCGGAACGGAUGGGUCUCGGAUGCCCCAUUCACGCUCAACGGAACGAACAUAUCCGAAUGCACCAGCUACGUUUAUCUGGGUCGGGAACUGAACAUGAUGAACGACCUGACCCCCGAGCUGGGCAGGAGGAGACGAGCGGCUUGGGGAGCGUACAAGAGCAUCGAGGAUGUAGUGAAGAAGACCAGGAACAGCCGGCUCCGUGCUCACCUCUUCAACACCACCGUACUUCCUGCUUUGACCUAUGCUUCGGAAACCUGGGCAUUUCGCAAGCAGGAAGAAAACGCGGUGAGCGUCAUUGAACGCGCAAUUGAGAGAGUGAUGCUAGGAGUAUCCCGUUUCACGCAAGUGAGGGACGGGAUUCGAAGUUCUCCCCUACGUCAGCGAUCGAAGAUUAGAGACGCUGCCGCGUUUGCCAAGGAAAGUAAAAUAAGGUGGGCCGGACACGUGAUGCGCUUUAAUGACAACCGUUGGACCAGAGCCGUGAGCGACUGGGUUCCCCGCGAUAUUAAGCGCACUACAGGAAGACCGCCGACCCGAUGGUCAGAUUUCUUCACGAAGUCCUUGAAAGAAAAAUAUGAUGCUCUUCGUGUCCCACGCGAAAGGAGGAACCACUGGGCUACUCUGGCACGCGAUCGGGACAAAUGGAAGAAUUACUGGCGCCCGCUCGACCAGUUCGAAGAUCAACGGGAGUCAAGGCCCCCCAUUGACGACCGCGUGGCCGGCGGGCCACGCUUUGUGGGUCGUGUGGGACCGUGUGGCCCACCGUAUAAGGUGUUCGAAAAGUAUCUGCCGAAAUACGGGAAAAUUUCGAAACAACACAACUUUUUAACAAAAUUUUAUUAUUCGACGGGACAACCUUCUGCCAACGUCUCACAAAAUCACGGAUUCCUUUGGCGUAGAACUCCGGCGACUUGGAGGCGAAGAAAGCCCCAAGGUCAUUUUCGAGGUGGUCACGAUCAUCGUAGUGCUUCUCUUGCAGGUGAUGCUGAAGCGAUCGGCAGAGGUGGUAGUCGCUCGGGGCUAGGUCCGGGCUGUAGGGUGGGUGCCGAAGAACUUCACAUCCGAGCUCGAGAAUUUUCUGGGAAAUCUUCUUCGCGAUGUGAGGGCGUGCGUUAUCGUGCAGCAGGCGAACGUUGUUGGGUGCUCCUUGCGGAUCUUGUCGGCCAGUCUUUGCAGUUGAGCGCAAUAGACCUCGGCAGUAACUGUCGUGUUGUCCGGCAGCAGUUUGAAACGGUAGAUUUCAUGAACUCCCCACCAGACGCUCAGCAUGACCUUCUUCUCAUGGAUUUCACCUUUCACGAAAGGAUCUGGCACUUCAUCACUAGCGCACCACGCACGUUUGUGGGUGUGGUUGACGUAGAGGACCCAUUUUUCAUCUCCAGCGACAAUGAUGACCAGCCAGUCGAAUCUGCGGCUUCUGUAGAGCAGCUGAGUGCAGAUGUGCAGGCGUCUCUGGCAGUUUCCGUCGCUCAGUGCAUGUGGGAGCCACUGACCGAGCUUUUUCACCUUUCCGAAAGAUCGCAGUCCAUUGCUCACGGUGGACAGCCAACAGCCAAGACUGGCAGCAAAAUACCGCACACCUUCAUGUAG